AGUCUGAAGCACUCAUGUAUGCAGACGAUACGGCAUUAGUUUUUGUCGGGGACACAAUAAGUGAACUACAAGGUAAAAUAAAUGAAGAAUUAACAAGGGUCUUAACGUGGUUCACUAGUAACCAACUCACACUUAACAUUAAAAAAACUAAGUACACUGUGUUUCACUCUAGGAGAAGGCAAACAAAUUCUGAAGAACUAGCUAUAUACUUAGAUAACGUGCAGUUGCUGCAUGUUUCCUGUUACAAAUAUUUCGGUGUCUUGUUUGAAACCGAUAUGCAUUGGAAGAAUCAAAUUAAAAACAUCAGCACAAAACUUGCACACGGAUGCUACAGACUACUAAAGGCUCGGGAGUUUUUUAAUUCGUCUAUACUGCGCAUUCUAUACUUUGCAUUUGUACAUAGUCACUUGAAUUACUGUAUAGAGUCUUGGGGCGGAACAUACACCACGUAUUUAGAGCCACUCAGUCGAUUGCAGAAAAGGGCUAUGAGACUCAUUACUUAUUCUAGAUAUACCGAACCAAGUGGUCCUCUAUUUCGAUCAGUU